AUGACGAAGGGAACGCCAUCCCUCGGAAAGCGUCACAUUCAGACGCACACCUUGGGCCGCCGCUGUGGCUCCAAGGCCUGCCAUCUCCAGAAGUCAACCUGCGGCAAAUGUGGUUGCCCAGCCAAGCGCAAGGGAAGGUAUAACUGGAGUGCCAAAGCUAAGAGACGAAAUACCACUGGUACUGGUCAAAUGAGACACCUAAAAAUUGGGUACUGCAGAUUCAGGCAUGGAUUCCGUGAAGGAACAACUCCUAACCUCAAGAGGGCAGCUGUUGCAGCGUCAAGUUCAUCUUAA